UCAACAACUGUUUAUCACACUUCUUGUUUUUAUUUUUCAUUUGCGAUGGGAAAGACAAUGGAGUCAACAGAAUCGUUGCCUACUUGCAGGGCGCCCGGACUGCCCAUCUGUGAGCCGGAGGAUACCCACGUAUCCAUAGUAGAACAAGUGUCCUUCAGAAAAAUUGAGCCACCAAUACCACCGAAGACUCUACAUUGCGACAGUAUUGAUAGGGUUGAUGAGCUGGAGGAUGCGGAUGGUGAGGGAGAGGAGGAGGAGGAGGAGGAGGCAAGUGCUGGCCAGUCAACGAAGCCCGAGGAGCCGGUGGAGCUCGAGCAGAUAGAAGCCGAGCUACUGGAGCAAAAGAACGCCGUUGAUCUCAUCGGUAAGGAAAUCGCUUUGGACAUGCCGGAAUGUCCGUCGGACGACUCCUGCGUAAACAUGGAGCUGGAGCUGCAGCGGGGCAAGGUCCAUCCGCACAUAUACAAGCUGCAGCAGGAAAACCACCUGCUGCGCCAGCAGCUGAGCAAGGCGCAGCUCAGCUGCAAGGCCAUCGACCUGUCGCUGAAAUACCUGCGCAACAGCCUGUGCCGGGACCUGAAGGCGGGAGCGAUCUUGCAGCGCCGCCUGGACGAGCUGAACUCGUUCAAACUGAAUGUGGAGCACGAGCAGGCAUUGUGCAGGCAACGCUACCAUCAUCUGCAGAAGGUCAAAUACGACUGGGUCGACUGCAAGGCCUACCUGAAGGAGAGCGCUGAGCACACCCAGCGGGAGAUCAAAAAGUUCGUGAUGAGAGCGGAAUAUACUCAGCCCAAGCUCGACGCCCUCAAGCUGCUCCAGGGGGCCAAGCGCAGGGCCAUGGACUUGCACUACGAUCUGACCAACAAGAUGACCAGGCUUGGCCAGCGGCUUGGCUCGGUCGCUGGCUGGCGCGAGUCGAAGAAUAUGCGCCGCUUCAACUCCGACAUCUCUCUGUUUAUUAAGCGCAACGAGCAUCUGCUUGUCAAAGAAAAGCAUUAAAACGAAAUCUGUGCGAAAUGUGCUCGCUGAGGCG